GCUUGCUGUAGUCCCAGACAGUUGACUCCAGUGAAGAAGCUAUGGACUUCGUUCACGCGCAACUUGCCGCUAUACAGAGUCAUCUAGCUUUUGUCUCUGUCGACCCUAUCGACUGGAAGACUUAUGUGCAGGCAUUUUCCUGGGCGGUGUGCCUAUUUGAGUCAUACCUCAUUGUUACCUUCAGCUUGCGCCAGUACCCGUUAUACAACAAAAAGGCACCCCCUCCCGCUCUAGCGGCGCAUUUCACAGACGAGGUCUUCGCGAAGUCUCAAACCUAUGGCAAGGACAAGGCGAAGUUCUCGCUCUUUGCUGGACUGUACAAGCAAGCUGUUGAUUCGCUAUUGCUUCACAUCGGCGUGUAUGCGUGGGCAUGGAGUGCUGGCGGGCGGGUAUUACGGUUCUUUGGCUAUGGAUCGGAAUAUGAGAUCCUCCAAUCAAUUGCUUUUACUUUCAUACUCUUCUUUGUCUCUUCGAUCCCCACACUUCCACUUUCUGUGUACCAGACAUUUGUUCUCGAGGAGAAGCACGGUUUCAAUAAGACAACACCGGGGCUAUUCGUCGUUGACCUGUUUAAAGGCUGGGCAAUCGGCAUCGUCAUUGCCCCUCCCUUCUUAUCCGCGUUCCUCUAUGUCUUCAAGUGGGCUGGUGACCGAUUCGUGCCUUGGCUCAUGGCAUUCUUGCUCGCGUUUCAGCUCAUCAUGGUCGUCAUCUACCCAACCAUAAUCCAGCCGCUUUUCAACAAGCUCUCUCCGCUUGUUGACGGGGAACUCCGCUCGCGCAUUGAAGCGCUGGCGUCGAAGCUCAAAUUUCCGCUCAAGCAUCUGUACGAGAUUGACGGCUCCAAACGCUCUUCUCACAGCAACGCCUACUUCUAUGGCCUCCCAUGGAGCAAACACAUCGUCAUUUUUGACACGCUGAUCAAACAGAGCAAGCCCGAUGAGGUGGAGGCCGUGCUCGCGCAUGAACUCGGUCACUGGUACUACCUCCACCCGACAAAGAUGCUACUUGUGUCGCAGCUGCAUCUCUUCUCCAUCCUCGCGCUCUUCCCGGCGUUCCUGCACGCGCCACCGGUGCUCCGCGUCUUCGACUUCCCUGCUGACGUCGCCGCGCGCCCGCCCACCAUCGUCGCGUUCCUCCUCUUCCAGAUGAUCAUCUCUCCCCUCGAGUCCGUCGUAGGCAUCGCCAUGAAUGCCGUCAGCCGGCGUUUCGAGUAUCAGGCAGACCAGUUCGCGUGCGAACUACAGCACAUGCUAAAAGCGGAGGACAUGGCUGACAUGGGCGACCGUCUCGGCCGUGCGCUGGUGGCGCUGCACGUCAAGAACCUCUCGACUGUCUGGGUGGACUGGCUAUACUCUGCAUACCAUCAUUCGCACCCGACCCUGACGGAGCGUUUGAAAGCUCUGGAGGGCUUCAAGGCGCGCAGUAUCGCUAUAACGAAAAAGGAGCUGUAG